AUGGGCAUCUGCUCUUCCUGCUGCGGAGGCGCACACUCAAUCUUCUACAAGACCGCUAACAGUUUCACAGCACAGGCGCAAAAUGGACUGUAUGAGCCGCUGCUGGAAGACCGCGAACGUGAAGCAGUCUCUGACCUUCUCCAGUUUCUUGAAAAUAGGAAUGAUGUCGAUUUCUACGCCAACGAACCCUUACGCGCACUAACAACGCUCGUUUACAGUGAUAAUGUCGAUUUGCAGCGUAGCGCCGCCCUUGCUUUUGCUGAAAUCACUGAGAAGGAUGUGCGCGAGGUUGACAAGGAAGCGCUGGAACCCAUCUUGUUUUUACUACAGUCGCAAGACUAUGAAGUGCAGCGUGCUGCAGGUGCGGCACUUGGUAAUCUCGCCGUCAACACUGAGAACAAGGUCAGUAUCGUCAAUCUCGGUGGCCUUGAACCGCUCAUUCGGCAAAUGAUGUCGCCGAAUGUGGAAGUCCAGUGUAACGCUGUGGGUUGCAUCACCAACCUCGCCACACACGAUGAUAACAAGGCGCGUAUUGCGCGAUCUGGUGCGCUGGUACCAUUGACGCGGUUGGCGAAAUCAAAAGAUAUGCGUGUUCAGCGAAAUGCGACCGGUGCACUGCUCAAUAUGACACACUCGGAUGAGAAUCGUCAGCAGUUGGUCAAUGCCGGUGCGAUGCCAGUGCUUGUGGCUUUACUCUCUUCAACGGAUACAGAUGUUCAGUAUUACUGUACCACGGCACUCUCCAACAUUGCAGUGGAUGCAACAAAUCGUAAAAAAUUGGCAGCGACGGAGCCACGAUUGAUACAAUCGCUCGUCAACCUCAUGGAUUCGAGCUCGCCUAAGGUCCAAUGUCAAGCAGCGCUGGCCUUGCGUAAUUUGGCUUCCGAUGACAAGUACCAGCUUGAAAUUGUGCGUGCGAAUGGAUUGGCACCGCUGUAUCGGCUCCUGCAAUCCACCUACUUGCCUCUCAUCCUAUCCAGUGUUGCAUGUAUUCGCAAUGUCUCGAUUCACCCACUCAACGAAUCUCCUAUUGUCGAUUUCAACUUUGUCCCACCACUCAUUGAGUUGCUCGUUUCAACAGAACACGAGGAAGUGCAAUGUCAUGCUGCUUCGACUCUACGCAACUUGGCAGCCACGAGUGAGCGCAAUAAACGCAUCAUUGUGGAGUUUGGCGUGAUUCAAAAAUGCAAGGAAAAGAUUCUGGAUGUACCGCUUACUGUGCAAUCUGAGAUGACUGCGUGUAUCGCCGUAUUGGCACUGAGUGAUGAGCUCAAAACGCAUCUUCUUAAUCUAGGCAUUGCAGAAGUGUUGAUUCCAUUGACACGCAGCAGUAGUAUUGAAGUACAAGGCAAUGCUGCAGCGGCACUCGGUAACCUCAGCUCCAAAGUGGAAGAUUACAGCCACUUCCACAAAUGCUGGAAACAGCCUGAAGGCGGUAUGAAUGGCUACCUCAAACGUUUCCUACAGAGUGACGAUCCAACAUUCCAACAUAUUGCUGUAUGGACCUUGUUGCAGUUGUUGGAAGCGCAAGAUGCGAAAUUGGCGAGGUUAAUUGGGGAAUCGGAGGAGACGAUGCAGGCAUUGCAGACCUUGUCGAGCUUGCCUGUGGAUGAAACGGCGUCUACGGAGGAUGCAGAGGGGGAUGCAGAAGUGGUGACACUCAGCAAGAAGUGUCUCGAGUUGCUCGGCAAGUAG